GCGUACAGGUUUCAUUGACUAUUGUGUCGCCCUAUCGAAGGGUAGCUACGCGCUUCUUAAUGGGCAAUAAAAAUACAGUAAUGGAGGGGCAGAUGAAGAUUUUUAAAAUAAGAGUUCUAAACAGCGGAGACAAAUAUGGCAUUGCCUGCAGGAACCUCAAUGAGCUAAAGCAGAAAGGAUGCAAAAGGUUCCAGCUGCCCGUCUCUACAGCUCGUGUUGUCUUGUAUGAAGAUGGAACGGAGCUGAGCGAUGAAUAUUUAAAACAAAUUCCAGAUAAUACCGAACUUGUGUUACUGACCGCCGGGCAGUCGUGGCAGGGAUACAUCUCCGAUAUUGACCGGUUUCUGAAUGCAUUUUACAAAAGGCAGUCGGAUGUUGUGGAAGCAGCCCAGAAAUUGCUGUCGGAUGGAAAUGCUCCCAAAAUACAAAAAAUGCUUGUAGACUUUAUUCAAAAUUUGAAUGAAAAUAUCUUGGCAGAAAGUCGAGACGAGGACAGAGCGUGGUUUGAAGGUUUAGAACCUCGAUUCAAAAAUAAAUCCAGCUACAUGAGGUACAGCUGCGAGAGCCGAAUACGGAGUUACAUGAAAGAGGUGCAGAACCACACGGCUGCUGUAGAUCCGACGGCGAGGGACGAGUACAAGAGAAUCGUCGAGACCAUGAGCAGCGAGCUGAAAGCUGUGAAAUACAACGGCCGUUACUUUGAUCGAACGGAACAGAAGGCUAAUCGUCUUUGUACUUCGGAAGGAUGGUUCUCCUGCCAAGGUUCAUUUGACGUCGAUGCUUGCGUCUCUAAGCACUCCAUUAAUCCGUACAGUAACAAGGAGAGCAGAAUUCUCUUCAGUACGUGGAAUCUGGACCACAGGAUCGAGAAGAAGCGGACAAUCUUGCCGUGUCUGGUUAAAGCGGUGAAGGAAGGCGACGGCAGCGAAAUAAACUGGCCGUAUUUUUUCGACCUGCUGUUUACGGCGGAGAACCUGAAGCUCGUUCACAUAGCCUGCCACAAAAAACAUUCCCAUAAUCUGACUUGUGACUCCUCCAUGAUCUACAAGACGAGGAAAAAAGCACGGAAAACUUAAAGAAGAACGAACGCUGGUUUUAUCCUCCCCGUGAGAUAUUGUCCUAUUCCCACGGUGCAGCACGCGGUUCCACCGGAACAAUAUCGAUCUUAAAGUUGGCUCCAGCCGUUUUUAGCAGGUCCCUCAAUCUUUCUCUACCUCUCGGAGCCACGUGGAUGAGAGAUCUUACUGUAAAAAGAUCUGCAGACCCAUCAAGACCGGAUAAAGGAACCAUUCAAAGUCCUUUUUUUAUAUAUUUAUUAUCCAUUUAAUUUUGCUUUAGGAUAUCGGUGUACUAAUCAAAUCGUUCCUACCCUAUCCAAAAUAUUAUGUUUUUAUAUUGAUUUAAAAGAAUCAAGCCUUUUAUAUUGAUUUUAUAUGGAUUUUUUUGUGCUGUACAGAUGGUAUGGAGUGAAAAAAAUUAAAGUCCGUUUACCG